UUGUUUAGUGUUUACGCAAGUUUUUAAAAAUUAAAUGUACUUACUAUACUUAUAAAUUAAAUAUACUACAAUAUAUAAAUAUACUUUAAAAGUAAAACGUAUCAAUGUCCAAGCAGCAGUGUGUGAUUUAAAUAUAUAAGCUUUUAUAAAUGUUCUGUUUUCUUGAAAAUAGUAAACUGCUUUGCUGAUCGUUUAGAUCCUAAUUUGUUUUUCGUUUUCCUGAUUGAAAGAAUUGUUAUUAAACUGGUCAUGACUGCUUGUAAAAAGUUAAAGCGUAAUAAAAAUAUUACGAUUGAGGACCUUUAUCAGAACAAAAACUUUGUUCCACCAAAAGAACAAAACUUAGAAACUAUUUUCGAAGAACCUAAGCAAGCUAAAGAUGGUGCACCUAUUAUGACAUCGGUCAGAAAAUACAAGCGAUAUUUGGAUUUUGAUCCAAUAACUGGUAAAGUUCAAAAACCAAAAAAGAAAGGUAAGCGAUUUGAGAAGAAAAUUAAAGGAAAAACACGAUCUGCAUCUAAAACCGUACAAAAUAUCGACAUCAGUGCUGUUUUAGAGACUUUAAACGACUCUUCAGAUGAAGGUGAUAUGAACAUGACCAUCACUACUGCCGCAAAAUGUGGCGAUGGUGAUCACACUGCUAAAGACAGUGCUAAUUUGCUUCCAAUUGCAGGUAAAAUUAUAAAUAAUAAUUAUAAGAACAAUGUGAGUGUGCUUACGAUUGAUGGUAAAACUAUUAAUGAUAUUGAUCAUAAGGCUAAGAACUGUAGUGGUGAAAUUUCUUUUACGAAAACUGUAAAUGGUGAUCAUGAGGCAGUACAUCCUAUUGAUGAAACGAUAAAUCAUGAAGUACUUUGUGAAAAAUGUACUUUAACUAAAAACUUAUGUUCCUGUGAUUUCGUUAGAUUAAGCAAAGUAAAAGAGGAUAGUCUGAACAAAAUGAAACAGAAACAGUCUCAUCUUUAAAACAUUCUGUUGAUGUAUAAAUUAUUAAAAUGAUAAAAGGUGGGGAUAUUUCCGUAUCUUGAUCUGUUGCUUUGACUACAAUCGCCGAGGUGCCAAAUAGAUUUUAAACCUGCGCAUCUUUUU